AUGAGCUUGUCGCGCUCGGUAUUGUGCGUGUCGCGCGAUGGCAUGAGCCGUACUAUGGCCUCGCGCGUGUUUACGCGUGAGUACUCACAGGAUCUCUUGAUCAAGCAGCGGACAGGCAUGCCGCAGGUGGCUCGCGGUCCGUUUGGUAUGGGUCGUAACUCGACAAAUGGCAGCAUUGCUACUGUGUUCGGUGCGACUGGUUUCAUGGGUCGCUACCUUGUGAGCAAACUGGCCAAGGCUGGCACUCAGGUUGUGAUUCCGUACCGUGAUGAGGAAGAGAAGCGCCAUCUCAAGUUGCUCGGUGACCUCGGCCAGAUUGUGCCGCUGGAAUGGGAUAUCCGCAACGACCAGCAGAUCCAAGAGUGCUUGCGUCACUCAGACACUGUGUUCAACUUGACCGGUCGUAACUACGCUACGAAGAACUUCUCGCUUCGUGAUGUGCAUGUGGACGGUGCUCGUCGCAUUGCUGAGCAUGCUGCAGAGUCUGGUGCGGCUCGCUUCAUUCAUGUGUCGCACCUGUCGGCGGACGCGAACUCGGAGAGCGAGUUCCUCCGCACUAAGGCGCAGGGUGAAGACGCUGUGCGCCGCGCCUUCCCGGGCGCUACGAUUGUGCGUCCAGCCUCGAUUUAUGGUCAUGAGGACCGUUUCUUGAACAAGAUGGCCUCGUGGCCCAUUACGUGGAAGCUGAACAACGGCCAGACGAAGCUCCGCCCUGUGCACUCGCUUGACGUGGCGCAGGCCCUUGCGACGAUUGCGCAGGCUGACAGCAUCUCGAUCGGCCAGACAUUCUCGCUGUAUGGUCCGAAGACCUACACGAUUCGCGAGCUACUCCAACUCGUGGAGGAUGUGACGUACCAGAAGAUCGUGUCGCCAGAUGUGAACGUGCCGCGCUUCCUGUUCUCGGCGGUGGCGAAGCUCGGUGAGAAGGUGGCCUGGUGGCCCAUGUUCAAUGCGGACGAGGUGACGCGCCGCUUCAUUGAUGAGGUGCCGGAGGAGGGUACAAAGACCUUUGCGGACCUCGACAUUGUCCCUGACCUGCUGGAGGACGUUGCGAUUGUGUACCUGCGUCGCUUCCGCAGCCUCCUGCGUUACGAGCAGCCGAUUGAGAACACACGCACGGGUGCUGUGAAGCUCCGCAAGCAGCCGUUCCGUGUGGUGGAGUAG